CUGCAUGCGGUUGCUGCCUGGCCUCAGUUUAGGCGGUUUUCUGAUGUCGGCGCUGCUGGCCCGCUCGGCCGCCCUCAACGCUGCCGCAGCAGCUCGCCGCCUCCCGGCUAGCACGUGCGGGCGUGCGGCAGCGGCUCUGCCGCGCCUGCUCGCAGCACCGGCCAUGGGCAGCCGUCGCUGCAGCGGCCUGCGAAUGGCAGACCAGAGCGCGGUAGCAGAGGCUCCGGCGCCGCCCGCGCCGGUGACGCUGCCGACCAACGCUAACGAGCAGCUGCUCCGCAUCCGGCACUCGACGGCGCACGUCAUGGCGAUGGCGGUGCAGCGGCUGUACAAGGACGCGCGCGUGACGAUCGGGCCGUGGAUCGAGAAGGGCUUCUACUACGACUUCGACCGGCCCGAGCCCUUUGCGGAGAAGGACCUGCGCCGCAUCAAGAAGGAGAUGGACAAGCUCAUCGGCCUCAAGCUGCCGUUCCGGCGCGAGGAGCUGAGCUUCGACGAGGCAAAGGCGCGGAUCGAGGCGGCGGACGAGCCGUACAAGCUGGAGAUCCUCGACUCGAUCGUCGCAAAGGACCCCGACGCGCCCAUCACCAUCUUCCACAUCGGGGAGCCCGGCAAGGCGAACUGGUGGGACCUCUGCGCCGGCCCGCACGUCGAGCACACCGGCCAGCUGCCCAAGGACGCCAUCGACCUCGAGUCGAUCGCGGGCGCGUACUGGCGGGGCGACGAGGCGAGGCCGAUGCUGCAGCGCAUCUACGGCACCGCGUGGGAGAGCGCGGAGCAGCUGGCGGAGCACAGGCGGAUCCAGGAGGAGGCGAAGCGGCGGGACCACCGCGCCCUCGGCAAGCAGCUCCGCCUCUUCUCCAUCCAGCAGGAGGCUGGCGGCGGCCUCGUCUUUUGGCACCCGCGCGGCGCGAGGGUGCGGCGGCUGAUGGAGGACUUUUGGCGCGAGGCUCACACGGCGGGCGGGUACGAGCUGCUCUACACGCCGCACAUGGCGUCGCUCGACCUGUGGAAGACGUCCGGCCACUUCGACUUUUACGCCGACGGCAUGUUUGACCAGAUGGAGGUGGAGGGGGCGCAGUACCAGAUCAAGCCGAUGAACUGCCCCUUCCACGUGCUCACCUACAAGGACGAGAAGCGCUCGUACCGCGACCUGCCGCUCCGCUGGGCGGAGCUUGGCACCGUCUACCGCUACGAGCGGUCG